AUGCCUAGUCCCACCCACUCAAUUCACAUUAUUGGGCUAGGCAGUAUUGGGUCAUUUGUGGCCCAUUCUUUGAGAUCUCUGCCAACCCCACCGCCCGUGACCCUGCUCGCCCAUCGGCCAGCUCUGUACCAGGAAUUCGCUUCGCGAGGCUGGAAAAUAGGACUGCGACUUACAGAAGAUGGGGCCCUGCAAGAGAAGGGUGGAUUCAAUGGCGAAUUAAUAGGCAAGACAGCCUCUUCAGACCCAAUUCAUAAUCUGAUCGUUGCCGUGAAGGCAUCUGCCACGGUGUCCGCUCUUGAGCCCAUCAAGCAUCGACUCGGUCGGCAUUCGACAAUAUGUUUAUUUCAAAAUGGCAUGGGACAAAUUGAUGACCUAAAUGAACGCAUUUUCCCCGAUGUUUCAACUCGGCCAACUUACAUGUUGGGCAUCAUGCGUCACGGAGUCUACAUGAGGUCCCCAACGGAGGCUAUUCUGGCAGGAGCCAAUGGUGCUGCUUCUCUUGGCAUCGUUGGCAAUGACAACCAGAAGUCAAGAAAAUCACAGGCCGAUUUUCUCAUGGAUAUCCUUCUCCGGGCACCUUCUCUCAAUUGUGAACGUUUGCAGUGGGCGGAUCUAUUGCAGGCGCAAUUAUUCAAGUUAGCAGCGAACUGCGUGCUUAAUCCGUUAACGGCGAUCCUUGAUGUGAGAAACGGUUGCAUCAAAGAUAAUCAGGACCUCUGGCCUCUGCAGGGACGUCUUCUCAAAGAGAUAUCUGCAGUCUUUCAGAGCUUGCCCGAGCUUCAGAGCCUGCCGAUCGACCGCGAUCUCUUUUCGGUUCCUUCACUUAAAUCUGUUGUCUCUGAUACCAUCGAUAAGACAGCGCAGAACUCAAGUAGCAUGCGUGAAGACAUGCGAAAGGGACGGCAGACUGAGAUUGAGUAUAUCAAUGGCUGGAUCCUCAGGCGUGGCAAGGAACUGGACAUUGAUUGUGAGACGAACGCUUGUUUGACUCAGCUCGUUCUCGCAAAGAGCCGGGUAGGAACCAAUGAUGGUGCUAGAUGA